GCUCUGAACGAGUCCUAAUUAACCAUUUAAUUAUGCAGGAUUUUUUGGAAAUCCAGUGGAAUUCCUCUUUGAGAGUGUGCAGUAGCUGAUGACACAUAGUGUGUCACUCUAAACUCAUUCCCAGCUGUCUGAGGGAGUCCGAGGCUCAGCUGAACGUUUAAAUUUAUCUCAGUGACAAACACGGCCGAAAAUACAAUCAGCUCCCCGCGGCGCUCACACGCAGGGCAGCAGGGCAGCAGGGCAGCAGGGCAGCAGAGCUGCAGGGCAGCAGAGCCACAGACCGCAGGCAGGAGCUCAGAGUACGUAUCGUACAGAUCAGAAGCUCCGCAGACCAGAUCAACAGACCACGGUGUUUUAAGAGCUGUAGGAAGAAUGGAGAGAACGGAGGAAAGAGCUGCAGACAGACUGAAGUUUGGCUACGAGACUCCGCCCACCUGCGAGCUGCUGGACCUCCUGUUAAAAAGCCGCCGCCCUUCCGGCCCGUUUGAUGAAGUCUGGCCCAACAUCAUCAUCUCUGAUGCGCGCACAGCGAAGGACGUGGAGCUGCUGAAGCUUCUGGGAGUGACCCACGUUGUGAACGCCGCGGACGGGCCGACCCGAAUCCACACGGGCUCCACCUUCUACUCACACGCCCACAUACAGAUCCACUAUUACGGAGUGGAGGCUCCGGACAGCAGAGACUUCAACAUCUCCCGGUUCUUCUAUCCCACCGCACACUUCAUACACUCCGCCCUGACCCUCAGCUCAGGUAAAGUGUUGGUGCACUGCGCCCGAGGAAUUAGCCGCUCCGCCACUCUGGUGCUGGCGUAUCUGAUGAUCUAUGAGGGUCUCACUCUCUCGGAGGCGAUUCAGGCUGUGCGGUCACACCGGGGCAUCCUGCCCAACGCUGGAUUCCUUCAGCAGCUCAGAGAACUGGACACUGAGGUCUCACUGCAGAGACAAACAGCCUGACCAUUCGGAAUAAGUCCCUGUUUAAACCGAUCCGCUGGACAGUUAUUCCUUCAUGAUACACCUGUUUAUUAUGUUAUGGAUUUGUAAACUGUUGGUCUUACAUGUGAAGCAAGGUCAGUCUGUCACUCCUUCUGAUGCCACUUGUAAUCCAGGAACAAGACAGAAGGACCGAGCCUGUAAGAACAAAUUGCUACAUUCUUUAAUCCAUGAACUGUAAAUAAAAGUACAUAUUUACAAGA